CCUCAGAACAGACAUGGAGGAAGGCGACCCUCUUUGACCUGUCACCCCUUGAAUGACCCUGGCGUUUUCUCUUCCUGCUCUACUGUAACCUCGACCUUGACAAACUAGUUCCUCCCUGAGUGCUCAGUCUCUCCCCCCCCCCUUAUACACCCACACCCACACCCUGCAUAUGCCAACGGCACGCCCCCCACUCAACCACCCCCUGCAGUACGCCCGUGAACGAGAUCUCUCUCAUACGUCCGACAUUGCUGGCAACAGAACAAUGACCACCGGCCACACAGACCAGUCGUCUUUGCUGUCUUCAUCGUCAUCGUCAUCGUCAUCAUCGUCCAUGUCAUCGUCAUCAUCGUCCAUGUCAUCGUCGAGUAGCGGUUUAUCGCCACUAGUGACGUCAGCACAGAAGAAUGGCACUGAGCACAGCAGAAACAGUACAGGAGUGACGGGGGCGGUGACGAAAGGACCAGCAGAGGACGGUCCAGCUACAGGCACUGUUGUCGCCAUCAUAGGAACUGUGGCCCUGAUCGUCGUUCUGCUGGCUCUAACCUACUGGUACCUCCGGCGGUCAGGGAAGCUCCGGAAGGGGUUUGGCUUCACGCGCGUGCGCAGUAGGCGUUCCUCCACCUCCGACAGCAGAAGAGCUCUGGACGAACCCCAUGACGUCAUAAUGACGGGUACCGGCGACGCCCUGAAGCAGCGCAGGGGCCGAGAUGAGGCGUUCACUAUCGACGACGUGGAAGACGAGGAGGGAGGGACGCAAGUAGGGGAGGAGGAGUACUACUAUGACGAGGUGUUCGGCCAAUCGCCGUUCGGAGACGAGCGCACCAAUACGUCGGUGCGGGAGCUAGUGAACGCCUCCGAGGAAAACGAUGAGGAGAUGCUGGACUUUGAUUUUGAGACACUCGGGAUAAAGAUCGACGACUACAAGCUUGACGCUCCGAGAAAGUUCACCGUGUGAUCAGGACUCGAGUAUCUUUUUUUAUUCUCGCUUUCUCUUUCUCCUUUCUCUCUCUCUCUCUCUCUCUCUUUCU